AUGUCCCGGUGGGAUGCAGCAUUGAUACUGAUGGCGUUGCUCGGCUGGAGCUCGCUUCAAUUGGCCGCCGGCUGCCCGGCGGAGGUGUGCGUGUGCAAGUGGAAGGGUGGCAAACAGACGGUGGAGUGCGGUGGCCGCUAUCUGAACCGCCUGCCGGACGGUAUGGACCCGGGCACGCAGGUGCUCAACUUUUCCGCCAACAGUCUUACGAUACUGCAGAGCGAACGGUUCCGCAAGAUGGAGCUGAUCAACCUGCAGAAGAUCUAUCUCGCACGCAACCAGCUCGUGAAGAUACACGACCGUGCGUUCCGCGGCCUCACCAAUCUGGUGGAGCUGGAUCUCUCCGACAACACGCUGUCGGAGGUGCCGACCGAAACGUUCCAGGACUAUGCCGCCCUGAUGCGGCUCUCGCUGAGCGGCAACCCGAUCCGGGCGCUGCGUUCCAGCGCCUUCAAGCAGCUGUCCUACCUGACGACGCUCGAGCUGAGCAACUGCCAGAUCGAGCUGGUCGAGGACGAAGCGUUCAUCGGCAUGGACAACCUCGAGUGGUUGCGGUUGGACGGCAAUCGCAUCACGACGAUCCGUGGGGCGCACGUCCUGCCCGAGUCACUCCACGGCAUCAACCUGCAGAGCAACCGGUGGCACUGUGACUGCCACCUUACGGACGUGUACACCUGGCUGAACAGCUUCAACGUGCCGCAGCGGGAAGAGAUCAAGUGCAGUGGCCCACCCCGGUUGGUGGGCGAAACGGUCAAAACGCUCACGCUGGACGAUCUCGCCUGCGUGCCGGUGGUGACACCGGAGACUUCCUACCGCGAGAUCGCCGAAGGGCGCAACAUCUCGCUCGACUGUCGGAUAGCGGCCAUCCCCGAGCCAACGGUGGCGUGGCUAUUCCAGGGCCAGGUGCUGCUAAACGAUAGUCUUCUCUCGCCCAACCUGCACCUCUACUACUACGUGGACGAGCUGGACGGUGCAAAGCACAGCGAGCUGUUCAUCUACAACAUCAACGCCGACGACAACGGGACGUACUCGUGUGUGGCCGAAAACUCGGCUGGCCGCGUGCAGACCAACUACACACUGCACGUGAUCGUGAAGGAGGAACCGAUCGUGGAGCAGGUCACCUUCUCCGAGGAGUACUUCCUGGCGAUCGUCGCAGCCAGUGCGGCGACGGCUGUACUGCUCUCCCUGCUGUGCUGCAUCGUCGCCUGCAAGUGUGCCCGAUCGCGCCGUUCGUCGGCCGGUGGCAAGAAGAGUCGCGGUUCGAAGAGUGCCUCCGAUGGGUCGGGUGCGCCCAGCCAGCAAAAGUGUGCCUCGAUAACGAACGACAUCGGUGAGCCGCUGACGGCGGCGAAGAUGAACGGUGCGCUCGCGCUGGGUGAUGGUGGCAAUCCGCAGGACAUUGUGCUCUACCUGAACGCGAAUCCGAACGGGCUGGACAAGGCGGCCCUCAACAGUAUGACGGCGAUGGCACAGUUCUGCAGUCCUCCGUCGGCGCGUAGCUAUCAGGACCAGAACCCGGAUCUGAUAAAUGACGCCGAGAGUGGACAGCACAAGGCGCGACCGCGACCCGACCCGGCGGAUUCCGACCUCGGCGAGAAGGAUUCGGACGAGCACAGUAGCGUACAGGACGGGAGCAGUGAGGCCAGCUUCCAGCAGCAACAGCAGCAGCAACCGGGUCCGUACUAUCCACCGAUGAUUCUACGCGGUCCACGGUUCGCUUCCUCCGCGCUAUCGACGUUGCCGCGCGGUGGAACAGCCGCCCUGGCAGGGAAGGACCUUUCGGCCUACCAGCAUCAGGUGGACAUCCAUCUGAGCCCCGGGUGCUUCCUCGAUCAGAACGGCUACCCGGUCGACCUAAGCCUGAUGGCAGCACCGAGUGGCCCCCCGGUAAACUACUACCGUACGUUGCCCCACAAGAAGCACCAGCAGCAGCAGGGCGCGGGCAAAACGAUCGCUCGGUACGCCAACGAUGCCGAGUUUAUGAAUCGCACACAAUCACCAGCCGCCUACCAGAUGUACGCCCCGACCGAUGUGCGGUACACGGCCGAGGGCUACCCGCAGGGUCAACAGGGUGACCACGGGCAGUUUCCUUCACCGCCGGACGGUUACAAGGGCGAAGUGCAUCCCGUGGCUUACAUGAGCUCAACGGCGGCAGCAGCGACCGCCUUCUGCGUUGGGCCGACACCGCCCCAGCAGUGGCCCACCUUCCUGCCCGGGUUCCAUCCGCAGCUCAUACCCAUCAUGGCGCAGGGCGGUGGUGCGCUGCUCCCCAUGAUGGCCUCCCCGAGUGGUCCACCCCAGCAGCAGCAGCAGCAGUUGAGCAGUCCGCAGACGCAGCCGGGCAGUGCGCUGAAGAAAUGUUCCGUCGGUGCGCAAACGUCCGAGCUGGACAAGGACGUCAUACCGGAGCAGCGCGAAGAGGAGGAGGAGGAGGAUGAGGAAGAGGAGGACCCCGAGCAUGGUGGCAGUGCGGUGAAGCUGCGGCAUCUGACGGGCCCACUGGCGGACAGUCCCGACGAGGGCUACGUGGGGGACAGCCACGAAACGAGCGACAUUUGACAGCAGCCCAAGCUGGACCCGGGGCUGCACCAUCACCAGCUACACCGGCACCAACACCACCAACACCAGCAGCUCGAGUCGGACGAUGUGCCAUUAUAAGACUAGCGACAAGUGUUAGCUCCUUCCGAUUUGGUUGUUUUGUACAUUCUGUAGCAUAACGUAGUAGAACGACCACACCGUAAAGCGGCAAGGUGGUGAGACGUGACGAGUGACUGAAGGUUCGACACGAUCGCGUGAUCUUCUGCUUCCCACGCAUGGAAGUGACUUUCUUGCCACGGUGUGUAAAGGGUACUUCCCACAUGCUUGUUGUUGAUGGGUUCUGAGUGAGGGGUACCUAAAAUUUCCCAAAACGGAGACUCGCCGCGUCGCGCUUAUCACUACUUCCUGCAGGUUUCACACAGCACACAGCAUCAACGGUGAAGCUCCGGUACGACGCGCUGUACGUGAUACACCUCUGUGUUGUGUGCACCAUGGAAUGCCACUCUGGGCGUAGAUAACAUUUCGAUAAUAGGGAUGAAAUCGUUUGAAAUAUGUAUCUCGUAGUAAAAGCGGAAGCGGUACAACAGUAGCAAAACAAACACAACACUGACCUUUCAGUUCCAUUUGGACCAUCCCUUACUUCCUCAUUGUUUGUAUCUCUAAGUAGAACUUCCAAUUCCUCCAACCAAAAUCCCGCCUAAACUUCGACAAAGUUGUAGCAAAACGAUCUAUUAUCUAACCCGUACCGCACACGAUUGCAUAGUUUCAGGCGCUGUAACCAAUAGUAGAAAGCCCCUGUCAUGUUGGUUUGGUUAGACUUUUAUUGUAAAAAGCGAAACAAACACACCCACACACACACAUACGCACAGUGAAGGAAAUGGCUUUAAGGUGUAUUCUUCCAUUCGUUUCAAGCUCGUUUGUAGCAUCCAUUUUAAAAACAAAACCCCCUUUCCCAUCCCAAACGACUACAAAAAAAGGUAGAAUUGGUCGGGUUUUGUAUGCUCCCCAAACGAAAAAAAAAAACGGGGAUUGCGUUGUAGGAAAUAAGCAAAAUGGAAUGUUGCCCCUAAUAGAAGUUGAUUGAUUGAAUGUAGCCAUUUUCAGGACGGAAAGCAUCGUUUUCGGAAAGUGAAAAUUUAACACAAAACAAUCGCACAACACAUGUGUGCAAAAUGGGUAAUGAUGUCGGAAAGGAAGAAUAAAAUACAACACACCACUUUUCAGGCAGCCCGUAAUUGACAACAAAGUGAAAACCGAUGGACAACAAAGUAAAGAAAAAGAAAAACAAUAUAGACAGUGGUGUUCAAAAAACCGAACCAAAAAUACAGAACAGAAUGGAUAAGAAAACGUAAAAAGGAGCUUUUGUUGUUUUAAUUUUGUGUUUUUGGAAAGCAUGUAAAGAAUAAAAGCAUAUAAACAGAAAAUUGCGUUAACAGUACGUUGUUCGGUUGUUGGACGGAUCGCCACGGUAGCCAGCUGGUUGUGUGUAUGUACGUGCGUGCUCAUUGAGUGUGACAAAGAGUAAACUUUAACCGAGGAAAAAAAGCUGGUGGAAUUGGUGGCAGACGGAAAAUCAAAAUGAAGGUAAACCAUUGUUAUGGGCCUUUCCCUGGGCGAGUGAUAAACCGGUAAAGCGACGUUAAAAUGAUGCUAACGACUAGGAAAAAAAGACGCAACCCCGCAACCAGACUGCUGGUUUGUUGCCAUGGCGCACAGCAACCGAUGGGAAUGUGUUCGUGUGUGUGCGUGUGUUUCAUUGGGAGUGAAAACAACAAGAACAAGGAGAAAAACAUUCAUAAUCGUUAGGAAAAUGGUCAUAAUGGGGAAAAGAAAACAACGGGACACGGGAUUGACCCUCAGCAGCAGGGUAAGCGUAAUCGAUUAACAGAUGCAAUACGGCAGAGUGAUUGUAAAUAGUGCGGUACGAUAAUUGUAGAUAAGCCGGUCAGAGAAAUGAGAAGAAAUAAAAGCCAAAAUACCAUCUGGAUCGUGUUGCUGUUUGGAGUGCUAUUAAAUAAUAGUUGGUUUUUCUUAAAAAUUUUCCACAAUAAUUUGCUUUAUUUGACUACAUUUUACUUUUUUUUUGGCUUUAUUUAAUUUAAAACUUA